UGCUUCAGUCGCACCAUACCCUCAUUAUGCGCACACUGUUUCGUGAACCUCAGCGGCCACUCGAGACAGCGGCGGAAACGAACAGACUCGCUCACUCGGUCAUUUCCUCAAACGUCUCUCGCUCUCUCUCUGCGCGAUGUUGAGCUCGGCGGCCACUCGUCGCUUCCUCUCCGCCCUCGCGUCCCGCCACCGUGUCGCCACAGCGGCACCCUCCGCCCUCCGCUGCUUCUCCAUCGACGCCCCGCCCCUUCCCACCCCUCCCCCGGCCCCCUCCGAGGAGCAGCCGCGGCAGCAGAAAGAUACCUCGGAGUAUGAUGGCUCGGCCCGCCGGCAGAGGGCCGGAUCCAGGACGACAGAUGGCGCGGGGAAGUACGAGGAGGAGCAAGCUCGGGUCCUCCGCGCGGCCCUUCCUCACGUCGUGAGGAUGGGAUGGAGCGAGUCCGCGAUGAUCGCUGGGGCGAGAGACGCGGGCGUGUCCCCGGCGAUUGUCGGCUCGAUUCCUCGUAAAGAAGCCGCACUUGUUGAGUUUUUCAUGGAUGACUGCCUUCAAAAACUUAUAGACAAAGUUGAGUCAGGAGAUGAACUAAAAGAUUUGAUACUUAGUAAUCGUCUCGGAAAGCUUAUUCGCAUUCGGUUGAAGAUGCAAGCACCUUAUAUAUCAAAAUGGCCACAAGCGCUAAGUAUCCAGGCACAACCAGCAAACCUACCAACCAGUUUUAAGCAACGGGCUGAACUGGUUGAUGAGAUAUGGCAUGCGGCUGGAGAUUCAGGUUCUGACAUAGAUUGGUAUGUGAAGCGAACAGUACUUGGGGGUAUAUACUCAACAACUGAAGUGUAUAUGGUGACUGAUCAUUCUCUAGAGUUUCAAGACACAUGGAGGUUUUUAGACCGCUGUAUAAAGGAUGCUUUCGACUUUCAGAAAACUGUUCAAGAGGCUGCAUACCUAGCAGAGGCAGUCGGGGCAGGGAUGGGUAACACAAUGCAGGGAUUCGUGAAGAGGAUUUUACAGCGAUGAAAAUUUUGGAUCAUAGAACUCUAUAGAUCUGUGUUACUAAAAUUACAUUAGUUGCUUUGUGUUUGUUUCUUUGGCUAGAAAAUAUGUUGGACACUGUCCUGUGUUUAGUUGCUUAAUAAUAUCAAUUGAACCGAUGGGAGCUCUGUAAAACUCCUUUCUUUCUUUUGAGGAAAGGAUCUUAGAACAACUUGAAUACAAUGUAUAUAAUAUUAAGAUGGUUCUGAA